CCCCGCCCCCUCCAUCAUGGCGGCGGCGGCGGCGGCAAAUUAGGGCAGAGCCCGCGCACCGGCCGAGCGCGCGAGCGCGCGCGCGCGCCCUCCCGCCCCCCCCAACACCGCCCCCGGCGGGAGCGACCCGGGAGCCGCGGCCGCUCCUCCGCCUCUUCCACCUCCAGUUCCUCCCCGCGGCGCCCGCAGCCUUCCUGGGUUCCCCAGCGCACAGCCGACGUGCCCCACGUGAACACAGCCAACCCGAUGGCGUCCGCUACUGCCGUGCCUGUAGGAUUUCACUAUGAAACCAAAUACGUAGUGCUCAGCUACCUGGGCCUUUUAGCACAGGAGAAACCACAGGAGCAUCCUCCUCCUCCUCCUCCAACUCAAGGGACUCAACAACAGCUUAUGGCACAACAUGCUUUGGAGAAAGAGGCUUUGGAGAAGAUUAAAAUAGAAAUCGAGGAGGAGCUAAAACGUCUUGAUGAAGAAAUCUUGGAAGCAUUUACCACUACAGGGUUUGACUGCCACACUUCCCCAGUGUUCAGCCCUGCCAAUCCAGAGAGCUCAAUAGAAGACUGCCUGGCUCAUCUGGGGGAGAAAGUGUCCCAGGAGUUGAAGGAACAUCUGCACAAAGCACUGCAAAGCUUGCUUAGCAAGCCGGUGACAUAUCAGGAAUAUCGGGAGCGCACACACGAGGCAGCUGCUCAUGCCAGUGGAUGGAACAAGGUUUUGGUGCCCCUGGUUCUGUUACAACAAUUUCUGAUGGAGUUGACCAGACGGGGCCAGGAACCACUGAGUGCCCUUGUGAACUUCGGGGUGACAUAUCUAGAAGAUUACUCUGCAGAUUAUAUCAUUCARCAAGGAGGAUGGGGAACAGUCUUUACGUUGGAAUCUGAAGAGGAAGAGUAUCCCGGGCUCAUUGCAGAGGACAGCAAUGACAUUUACAUCCUGACCAGUGACAACUCAGGACAGGUGAGCCCCCCGGAAUCCCCCACGGUGACCACGUCGUGGCAGUCAGAAAGCCUGCCCGUCUCCCUGUCGGCGAGUCAGAGCUGGCACACAGAGAGCCUGCCAGUCUCCCUGGGACCCGAGUCCUGGCAGCAAGUGGCUAUGGAUCCUGAAGAAGUCAAAAGUCUGGACAGCAACGGAGGGGGUGAAGAGAGGAGUGAGAACAACUCUUCCAACUCCGACAUUGUUCACGUGGAGAAAGAAGAGAUACCAGAGGGGAUUGAGGAAGCAGUGGUGUCAGCCAGCACUGCAGAGACCAUGCAGGCAGCAUUUCCAGAAACCUCUGCUUCUUUACAGGAAAUGAAACCUCCUGAAUUUGCUGCUGCUGAAAAAGCACAUCCCUCUGCACUUCUGCRUACAAAACAGGAGGAAAAGGGAAAAGCAGCUGAAGAGCUUGUUGAACCUGAAAUCCCCCUAUUAAGUAAACCUGUCCCAAAAUUAGCCCCAUCAGAAGAAAAGGCUGCACCAGAACCUGAGAAAAUACUGAUUCCAGGGGAAAAAAAAGGGGGGAAAGAGGGCCAUUUGGAAGAAAUAGAAGAGAAAUCUUCGGCUGCAGAGGAGAAGCCUAUCCUAUUGCCAGAAGGGAAAUCUAUACUGCUGUAYGGCGGAGCUGCUGCAGUUGCUAUCUUGGCUGUAGCCGUUGGAGUAGCAUUGGCACUUAGGAAAAAGUAACAGCUCUCUUGAGGAGGAGGGGGGAGAGAAGAGAGCACAUCCAAUUUUUGUAGUUGUGUUACCUAAAGGUUGAGCUGCCUGCUGUUUAAUUGGACAUUUGAGUAACUCAGUGGUGAUGAGGUGAGGUUGUUCAAUAAGCCUCCAGCUAUGGACAAUCAUGUUUUUAGUAGAAUUGGGGCGGGGACUGGUUUUUCGUGAUUAAAGUAUGGGGGUAUUUUUAAAAAAAAA